AUGAGUCUGGAGAACCAGAGCAGCGUGUCCCAGUUCCUCCUCCUGGGGCUCCCGAUCCAGCCAGAGCAGCAGGGCGUGUUCUUCACCCUGUUCCUGGGCGUGUACCUGACCACGGUGCUGGGGAACCUGCUCAUCAUCCUGCUCAUCAGGCUGGACUCUCGCCUCCACACCCCCAUGUACUUCUUCCUCAGCCACUUGGCCUUCACUGACGUUUCCUUUUCAUCUGUCACUGUCCCAGAGAUGCUGAGGAAUAUGCAGACUAAGCACUUACACAUUUCCUAUCCAGGAUGUAUUUCACAGAUGUAUUUUUAUAUACUCUUUGGUUGUGUUGAUAAUCUCCUUCUUGCAGUGAUGGCAUAUGACAGGUAUGUGGCCAUUUGUCACCCUCUACACUACACCACCAUCAUGAAGGAGGAUCUGUGUGUGUUGCUGGUGGCUGGAUCCUGGAUUCUCUCCUGUGGCAGUGCCCUCUUGCACACCCUCCUCCUGACUCAGGUGUCUUUCUGUGAUGACAACAUCAUUCCCCACUUUUUCUGUAGCCUCCCCAUCCUGCUCAAGCUGUCCUGCUCCAAUACCUCUCUUAAUGAGCUGGUCAUAUUUACUGCAGGGGCUGCGGUUGUCAUUUUUCCAUUGAGUGGUAUCCUGUUCUCUUAUGGCCGCAUUGGGGCCUCUAUUCUGAAGGUCCCCUCUACCAAAGGUAUCUGCAAAGCCCUGUCCACUUGUGGCUCCCACCUUUCUGUGGUUUCUCUAUUCUAUGGAACAAUUAUGGCACUGUACUUUUCCUCCUCAUCAAGCAACUCUAAUGACAAAGAUAUGAUUGCCUCACUGAUGUAUACAGUGGUCACCCCUGUGUUGAACCCCUUCAUCUACAGCCUAAAGAACAGAGACAUGAAAUUGGCUCUGGGGAUUCUUUUCAGAAACAAUAUCCUUUUUACCAAGUGA